UCCUCUCACUCAUCCCUCCCCUUUCCUCUAUAUCGAGCGUUAGAAUGCAACCACAAGCUGCUUCUACGGUACCCGGGCCUCUGGAACCGCUCACGCCGCCAAUUCCAGUACCUGUGGCGGCAACACCACCCGCCGCGCUCCUUCCAUCCCAUUCGCUGAUCGAUCUGAUCGCUUUCCUCGUCAUCUUUCUCUGUUUUCCAUCCCCUGUUUCGUGUAUUGUUUUGGGACUCCACGCGCUCUCCGCGUCAUCUCGUGCCGUGGUAGCGCGCCUCUUCUCGCGUCUCCUCCACAAAGACUCGGAGCUCUUCAUUCACCCCGGCGACUUUCUCUACAUCUUCCACCACUACCGCCUCUCCGCGGCCUUUCUCUUCUUCACACACCUUGCGAUUGCGUUCGUUCUUGCAUAUUGUUUCCCUGUCUCGCUCAAGGUUGUGCAUUUGUUUGCGCACGCGCUCGCGGCAUCCACGCUCGCGGGCUCGCCGAAACGCAACACCUUCGUGAAUGCGCUCCUCAGCUCCGCCGUCAUCCUCGCGCUCGAUCAGGGCUACAAGUACCUCUGUGAGCUGCUAAAUAUCCACUUUGGCAUGGAUUUUGCGCCCCAUACCAGCCUCCUCCGCAGCACCAGCCUACGGAUCUCCGCCGCGCUCCCUCAGCACCGAGACUGGUACCGUGGCCACUGCUUGCUCUAUCUCACCAACGUGGUACGGUCAGCCUUGGCCGUGCACACCAUCUUGCUCUGCAUUUCUCCACUCCUCAAGAACAUUUUUCUCCUCCAGGGCUACACCAAGACCCUCGACCAGCUCGCCAGCAUCGCCCCAGACUACCCCAUCAACAAGUACUCAGCGUCCUACAAGCUCCGUGCCGGCGUAUCGGCUGAACCCGCUCCUCCUGUCGACGUCGAGCCCCAAACCACGGUCGUUGUCCAUGUCUCGCCCAAAAUCGCCAGCUCUCACAAUGUGCUCUCGAUCGCGCGGGAAAGCCCCGUGGCAAGUGCAGAACUGCUUCCAGCAGCUUUUCCGGAAACGGCCGAGCCACUCCCCGCGUCUGACCUCUCCCUGCUGGGCUCUGUUGUCUCGUCUAACUUCUACAACUAUUGCAUGACGUCCCUCUCCGACGCCAAGCGCAAGAAGGAUCUCAAAUGGGUCCAGCCGCUCUGGUCGUUGAUCGCGACCGCGCGUGCGAUGUACGGCUGCAACGACGUCUACUCCGGCGAGAUCCACACCGCCUCUGACACCGCGCUCGUGCCGGUGUACGACAACGACGCGUUUGCCGCGUUCGUAUCCACCGGCUAUUACAGUGACACAACCUUGCGCAACUCACGUGGGUUCGUCAACUACAUCGGCGAGACGGCCGUCGGGUUCCUCCUCCCAGGCUGUGUCUUUGACGAUGGCAUCUCCGUCAAGGUCAACGGUGUGAUGUGGUACCAGGUGCGCGAGGCCACGUGCAGGAGUGACGGUGUCUGGGACACGCUUGUGCUCGUGAGCGGGCUCACGCCGUUGUCGCAGUACGAUAUCGAGCUUUAUAUCUACGACACGGAAGAGGUUCUCUCCAGUAACAUUGUAUCCACGACCCACAACACCACCACGGUGUCGCAGUCCAAGAUGACGUCGCCGCUCAUCACGCUCCAGGAGUCGCUCAUCACCACAAACGAGAACCUCACGCGCGAAAAGACCAAGGUGCGCAAGACCCGCAAGGAGAUUACCAAAAAGGUGAGCGUGUUGAAGAAGGAGAUCGAGACGCUUCGGGCCGGUUUGGAUAACAACCAGACGGAUGCAACGGGGUCGGCAGAUAACCGAAACUGGCGCAAGCUUGUGUCGUUGCGUGCGAACGUGUCUCAGGUCCAGGACGAGAACAAGAGCAUAGAGGAGGAUGUAUCGCGGGUGAUCGAGGAGGAGAGUGAGGCCAGCGAACGGUAUCUCGAGGAGAAGCGCCGCUUUGAGGCUGAGAUCCGCACGUUGCGCGCGUUCCACAAGGGCUUUACGGACGAAGUGGCCCAGUUGGAGCGCCAGGCGGCGGCGGUGAGCCAGGAUCUCGCCAGUUUGGACGCCAAGAAGGAGAAAUUCACCGCCAAGGCUGCAAAAAUCAGCGCCGACUUGCAAAAGAUCUUGCGCGACCUUGAGGAGCUCAAGUCGAAGGAUAUCAGUCGAAGGAUAGACAUGCGCACGGCGAGGGCGCUGAGGCGCGAUGAAUUGAUCCAAGAGUUUGUGCUGGAGAUUAAAAGGCUUGAGAAUGCCAUCGAGAGCCAGGGAUACGGGGGUUACUCCGCAAACCCGACCACGUCGUUGCUUGAGAGCAGCAAUGCGGGCUUUGCCGGUUUUGGUCAGUACUAGUAUUUAUGGUGUAUUAUGGUUUUUUGGAAAAAUGCGUAGGGGACAGCUCAGGGUUGGAAGAGUGUUUUGGUUAUUAUAGAAGAAAAUAAGUUAAGGUUCAGAAAUGGAAUGGAGCUUAUAAAAUUUCCCUUCGACAAAACAUCUAUGACCGAUAAAAGAUGUGAUUUUAGAGAGAAGUGAGAGAUAAAUGAUUG